AUGUGGAGGUCGAUACUUGCAAGACAAAGUUGCGCUAUUCUUCGCAACUACAACGCCGCAUACGCCUCACCGAUUCAGGUUCCUCUCUCUAAUUUCGCAAUAAACUCCACACAAUCAACUAUUUCUUCUUCCUUAGGUUCUCCUCAAAUUUCACAUUUUCCCAACGUUAUUAACAAUCCUAGAUUCUUAUCUCAACAAAUUGCCACUGAAAAUGAGGUUCCCGUCGAUUCUCAUUCUUCACAAAACGAAGAUGGUACUGUUCACCUCGUGAAUGAUGAUGUCAGUUUUCAGAAUGACGAACACGGUUCUGUAGAAGUAGUAGAAGAAGAAGAAACGGAAACUUUCCAGAUUGAUGACGAAAAAUUGGAGAAAAUUGUUUCUCUUCUGCAGAGUAGUGCUGAUGAGUCGUUUGAGUCUUCUCUUGAUAACAUGAAUUUGACUAUACGUCAAGAUUUUGUUAUCAAAGCAAUUGAAUCAAUCGAAACUGUUUUAGGGGAGAAUCUUGUGAGGUUUUUCAAAUGGGCUUGGACUGAGAAUUCACAUGUAGUAACCACCCAAGUUCUAGAGUCUUUUGUUAUCACAAUAUGCAACAGUGGUCGUUCAAUAAAGGACAAAGAUGUAUACUCUCUCUUGGAUUUGGUGAAUGAAAUUGGGGAGAAAGAAAUCGGGGUUAUCAAUGUUACCAUUCUUAAUGAGUUAGUGACUUCAUUCUCAAAAUUGGGGAAAGGGAAAGCUGCACUAGGUGUAUUUGAAAAAUUUGAGGGGUUUCAGUGUGUACCGGAUGCAGACACCUAUUAUUAUACAAUUGAAGCUCUUUCAAGGAGAUCGGACUUUGAUUUGGCUUGGUCUGUGUGUCAGAAGAUGCUUGAUGCUCAGAGAAUUCCCGACGGUGAGAAAAUUGGUAGAAUAUUGUCUUGGUUGUGUAAGGGCGAAAAGGCUAAAGAAGCUCAUGCAGUGUAUAUGGCAGCAGUAGAGAACAAGAGGUAUCCACCUUUGUCUUCUGUUAACUUUUUGGCUUCUCAUCUAUGUCAUAAAAAUGAAACUGUACCACUGGCUUUGGAGGUGUUGAAUGAUAUCCCUGUCGAGAGGAGGAAGCGGGCAAUCAAGCCGUUUUCAGCUGUUGUUCGAGCCUUGUGCAGGGUUAAAGAUGUUGAUGCAGCCAAGCAGUUGGUUUUGAAAAUGAUUGCUGAUGGCCCACUUCCUGGAAAUGCUGUUUUCAAUUAUGUCAUUACUGGUUACUCUAAAGCUGGGGAAAUUGAACAAGCAGUGGAGAUUUUGAGGUUACUUGAAAGUAGGGGUUUGAAACCAGAUGUGUACUCAUACUCUGUUAUUGCUAGUGCUUAUUCGAAUGGAGGUGAGAUGGAACAGGCUAGGAAGAUCUUGGAAGAAGCUAAAAAGAAUCAUUUAAAAUUGAGCCCUGUAAUGUAUCACACUCUAAUCCGUGGAUAUUGCAAAUUGGAACGAUUUGAUGAGGCUUUGGAGUUGUUGUCCGAGAUGAAGGAUUUUGGUGUAUGUGCUUCUGCCGAUGAAUAUGAGAAGCUAAUCCAGUCUCUCUGCUUGAAGGCUUUGGAUUGGGAAAGAGCAGAAAAGCUGCAAGAAGAAAUGAAAGAAAAGGGGUUAUAUCUCAAGGGCAUCACUAGAGCCCUAGUUAGAGCUGUCAAGGAAACGGAAAAGGAGGCUGUGGAGGCUCAAAGCAGUAGUUUAGUGGCCUAA